AUGGCCAUGGGGCUGCUCCUCCACGAUCUUCCGGCGAGGACUCUUGCUGAUCGUCGCGUCGUAAUGUGCCUGUUGGUUGAUAGAGCCAUGGUGCGCGUUCCGUUUGGGUCUCUCAAGAGUGCCGGCAGCGCCGCGGCACCCAAAGCUGGGAGCAACUUGGAAAUGGCCUCGGAGCGAGCCAAGGCCAGAUUCGAAUGCAUGGAAGGCACUCCAGACAUCCGGGGUCCGGUGUGUUGA